AUGAGGAUUGUGGUCAUUAGCAGUGAAUUCUCCUUAGAGGGCAUUCUAAACCACACCUUGUCCCGCAGUGAGGCAGGUGUAUUGGAAGAAGUAGGACGAGGGUUCCUGGCUUCCACUCUGAUUGCAAUCACACUCAUAGCAGUUUUAGGUAACUUACUGGUAAUAAUAUCCAUUGCUUACUUUAAAAAACUGCAGACUCCCACCAACACCUUUCUUCUGUCUCUGGCUGUGUCUGACUUUCUGGUGGGAGUGCUGGUGAUGCCCUUCAGCCUAGUCAGGACCGUUGACAGCUGGAAGUUUGGGGAGACCUUCUGCAAGGUCCACUUCAUCCUGGAUGUCACGUUCUGCACCACCUCCAUCUAUAACCUCAGCUGCAUCGCCUUUGACCGCUACUUCACUGUGCGUGACCCAUUGAGGUACACCUACAGGAUGUCUACCAGCAGGAUGGCCAAGAUUCUUUUUCUGUGUUGGAUUCUUCCACUGCUGGUCUCCUGUGUCCCUGUGGUCCUGGACCUGCAUGUCAAGGGCACUGAGAAGCUUCUGAAAGAGUUUGGCCCCAAUAUUUGUAUACUAGUGGUUAACAUCCCCUAUGCCGUUGUUGCUUCUAUGCUUUGCUUCUACAUACCAGCAGCCAUCAUGUUGGCAGCUUAUGGAAAGCUCUUCAGAGUUGCCCGGAAGCAGGCGAGGCAGAUAGAUACUGUUGAGAACCAAGUCAACAGCCGAAUUUUCUGUCCCCUGAGAGCAAGGCAGAGGUUUACUAUGAAAAAGGAACGGAAAGCAACCAAAACUCUGAGCAUAAUUAUGGGCGUCUUCUUGGUCUGUUGGCUCCCAUUCUUCAUCGUAAACAUAAUAAACCCGUUCAUGGGAUACAGCACGAGCCCCAUCGUUCUGGAGGUGUUUCUUUGGCUGGGGUACAUCAACUCAUCCAUGAACCCCUUUUUACAUGGAUUCUUCAACAAGUCCUUUCGACGAGCUUUUGUAAUUAUCCUGGGCUGCAAGAUGAUAGGGAGGCAAUUUCAAGACAGUGACCUUUCUGGAGACACCCGCAGACAGGCUCAUACAGAACUCAGCACCUUCUCAAGAUAA